CGUAUACUUUCGAUCAGAGUCUGUGCCGGGAUAGAGCUUCAAGACGGCCUUUUUGAAGUCGGCGUAGGUGGUCGUGACGGACGUGAACUCGUGACCCCGACUCGAGCAAAUUCCAGCUCGAGAUCACUGAAGUAUCGAGGUAGCUGGCGCGGUUUCGACGAAUCAAACUCCGGGGCUCCACGAGCACCUCGGGCGGGCAUCUGGGAGGUCGCCAUAAUGGUUGGGGAUGGGGUAGGGGA